ACCAUUUCGGGGUGUACCCCGCCUUCCUUCCAGAGUCAGCCGGGAUAGGCUCCAGCUCCCCUACCGACCUCACGAAGAAAGAUGAGCACGAUAGACAGAUGGAGGGCUUUCCGCUGUAAAUCCAAACCUGCCUUUCGGAGCCUCUGCGUUUAACUCUCCGCUGCAAUUCAGCCGGGAGCGCGUCGGUAACACACACGGAGUCCGUCAAAGGUGGACGGCAGCCCCGGAAAUACAAGCAGGCCCCGGCCGUCGGACGGACGGACACGCCGGGUUGAGGGGCACCGCCGUCAGCCGAAUGGUGACGCCAAAAUAGAAUGCGGUACGCGGCGUGCGUGACUCGACGACACAUCUCCGACAGUGCCUCUUCGUAACUGGGUCGGACCCCUGACGAGCCCGGGUAUGGGACCGCGGAGAUUUAGCCACCGUCGAGCUAGCUAACAGGCGGAGUGAAGCGGAGAGGGUAGCAACUUUUCUCCCCCUUUACACGCCGAGUUUUUCAUCCUAAACUGGUGGCAGUUAUGACCCAUCGAGUUUAUUAUACCCACAAAUAGACGACGUUUGAUAUCGUUGUCUCGGCCUGGUUUUUGACAAAAGAAUAGGGGUGCACAGGGCCCGUCAAUGUUUCGGGGCGUCGCGAAGCUAAUCCGUUAGCCGCUCCAAGUUAGCUUCGCCUCAGUCCACCACCAAUGAAGGAGUACAAAGUGGUCGUGCUGGGCAGCGGCGGCGUCGGCAAGUCGGCGCUGACCGUCCAGUUCGUCACCGGCACCUUCAUCGAGAAAUACGAUCCCACCAUCGAGGACUUUUACAGAAAGGAGAUCGAGGUGGACUCGUCCCCGUCUGUACUGGAAAUCUUGGACACUGCGGGCACCGAGCAGUUUGCCUCCAUGCGGGACUUGUACAUCAAGAACGGGCAGGGCUUCAUCCUGGUCUACAGCCUGGUUAACCAGCAGUCUUUCCAGGACAUCCGACCCAUGCGAGACCAAAUUGUGCGAGUGAAACGCUUCGAGAAGGUGCCGCUGAUCCUGGUGGGCAACAAAGUGGACCUGGAGUCAGAGCGUGAGGUGGCGGGCUCUGACGGCCGCGCCCUGGCCCAGGAGUGGGGCUGCCCCUUCAUCGAGACCUCGGCCAAGAGCAAGACCAUGGUGGACGAGCUGUUUGCUGAGAUUGUGCGCCAGAUGAACUAUUCUACGCUGCCCGAGAAACAGGAGCAAUGCUGCACCGCCUGUGUGGUACAGUGAGGAAGAGAUGCAGUGUUUGUCAGAUCAGCGGGGGGGCGAAAGGAAGUGGGGGCACCCAGAAUCGCCAGCCCCUGCACAACAUGGCCCCCCGGUUUGAAGGUUCCCUGGUAUCUUAAUGCAGGCGUAACCGCCAGCCGGGACUCCUAUUUUUGAUAUCCCGAUUUUCAGAGGGACAUUUGGGUUGUGCCCCCACUCGAAAAGCCUUGAAAGGACCACGGAGAGACUUGCCACGUAGUCAAGUGCUCAUGAAUUUCGUCCCCUGCCGAUCUCCUUCCCCUCCUUCCUUUUAGUCAGAAAAAUGUAAUAACCAACAAGUGUUUGUGAGGCAGCAGCUCCUUUUUAAAGCUGCUUUAAUCGCCAUUAUAUACUUUCUUAUUAUUAAAACUUGUAUUGCGUCACUAUGGGAUGCCGUUUGGGCAAUUUUUUUAACAUUCUUUACAUCCAGCUUAAGGUACGUGCACUAGCACGCUCCUUGUCAACAUUCGGCCCACUCGUAAUAGUCUCCUGGACCCUACUAAUUACAAAAAAUGUCUGCUACUAAUUUUGCCUCGCUUCAUCUUCACUAGUAAGACAGUUAACUAGUAAUAUUGAAAUGUCUGCUUAUUAGUUGGUCGACUUUUGCAUACUCAUCAAAUGACUGGAUCUUAAGCUGGAUAUCAAGUAUAUUAAAAAAUAAAAUGCUCACAAUGGCUUUCCAUAUGUCAUUGGUUUUAGGGGAGUCUGAAGUAUUUCGUCUUCAGGAAACAUUUUGAAUUUUAAGCACGGACACUUAAGUUCCACUUUCAGUAUAUUGCUCACUUUUUUGUUUAAAUUCCUUUUUUUAAGUUUCACAAAGUGUUGACAGGAUGGUUGACUGUAUUGAACCAAGGCAUUUUUUUUUGCGCAGUAAAGGCCGUUGUUAAAUGUUCAAAUCCGUGUUUGAUGCAGCGAUUUAGCUGAAUUUGAAUGACUUUGACUAGAGUCUCGGUAAUACGUGUGUGUGGAUCAUAUGGAUGGACACCUGUCUCCCCCGUGCGCUUUUUUCCCAGCGUCUCGGCGGCGGCGGCGGCGGAAGGACCAACGCAAGCACACUUGUCCACAUGCAUAUUUUGACUUUUCAUUAUUUCCACUUGACCAUUUGUUGUCAUUCAAUAAGUCUAGCUGCAAACUGUUAAACGGAUUUAACAUUGCUUUCUGUUUUUUCCCCCUCUUAAUAGUAUCAUAUUUAUUAAAAACUUAUGAUGUGAUUAGCCAGUUUUAAACAUUUUGAUUUGAUACUAGGUUUUUGCUUUGGUGACAUCAGGCUACAAAGGUAUAUAUUGUUUGUUUUUAUAUUAAGAUGAGAAUUUAACAGAGCCUUAAAAUAAUUUCUGAUGCA